CUUGAAGUGGUUAGAAAGUUAUAAUGUAGGAACGCUAUUGUGAACCACGGACAUGUUAUGUGCCUUGGGACACAGUUUGUUGCCAGCACCAAAUAGAUAAUUGAUGGAAAAUUGAUUGCUGCCUCCCAAUGACCUUGCUAAAGACAAAUGGAAAAAUAGAUACAUCAACACAUUACUGAUGCCAGCGACCCGUGAUUGAAAAGGAAGCGAUGGCUGGAACUGAUGAGGGGUGUUUACACCUAGAGGGGGAAAGGCGACAACAUGGGGGGGCGUAGGGAGAAUUUCCAUCUGCUGUGUCUGAUCUAACUAUGUGGAAUGCAAUUGGGGACAGGCCAGGGUUCUGCCAUGGAUUCAAGCACAGGUAUGAGAGCUGUGACUUGUCUGAGCACAGAUGUAAGGUAAGAGAUAUAAUCCGUAGCACCGACGCAGCUGGCACGGAACUCACAAGUGGUGCCCAUUUUAAAGGCUGUGAGCAAGAAACUCAUGAAUUACAGUUGCAACUAAAAAGAAAACUUGAUGAACUUGGGCUUUACCACAAGAAAGAAAGAGAAGCAUGGGCAAAAGAGAAAGAGUCAUUGAAGAAAGAAAUCAGAGAGAUAAAAGCAGGUGAGUACAGAGGAAUUUUGCUGGAGCUGAAAACCAUUUUGGAAAUAAUUCAGACCGAACAGAGAAAAGAAGAAAAAAAAUGGACUGAUGUUCUGCUGCAGUUUUUAAAUGAUAGAUGUGCGUGGGACAUUCAAAGGACUGAAUUUAAUUAUACCUCCCAGGAAGAAGCCUAUGCUGUAAAGCCAUGUACUGAUAGAACAUUUUCAAGCCUAAAGGAAGCACACAGAGAGGAAAAAAAGGAUCAAAAGCGACUACUGGAAGACACUCACGCUGCUGCUAUGGAACUCAGGAGACAGCUAGAGAAUAAUGAAAGGAAUUGGAAAGUGGAAAAGAUGGAGUUAUUGGAAAGAUUUGAUAGUGAAAGGAAAGAGUGGGAAUGUCAAUGGAAGAUAAUGCAAAAGAAAAUUGAAGAGCUGUAUCAGGAGGUGAAAUUAAGAAGGGAAAACAGAUUAAAUGAAAAUGAAGAAGGAAACCAGAGAAAAAGGGGGCCAAUGUCAAUAUCUUAUCCUGAGACCAGUGUAGCAGGUGACACAGCAAGACAAAUUGAGAAACAAAACACAGUGAACCAUCUGCUGAAUGCAAACAGACAACUUUCUGCUCAAUGUCUUAAUUCAACUGAUAUGAAGUCGCAUGGGUUAGAGAUAAUUUGCCAGAAACACAAUGUUCUCAAACUGGAAUCUGAAAAAGACCUUGUUCAAAAAAUGUCCAAGACAGAAAAUGACACCCUGAAUGAUGCUCUAAGAGAGAUUGCCAGAGUCAGCGAGGAACUAUGUAAAUAUCAAGAAGAGAUACGUGAGAAAUCAACUUGCAAAAGGCAUAGAGCGGUGUCUGUUUCAGUAACUCAUGAAUCCAAAGAACCGAUAAACAUGCAGCUGAAUAAAGAUAAGGAUGUCCCUGUAUCAUCUCCAAGAAAAGCCAAGCUUAAACAGCAGUUUCAUGAGAAUAAUUUAAAAACCAGGAAAAACAUGGAAACAAUUAUGAAUGAUUCACCUUUCAAUGAGCAAGAUCCUUCUGUUCCUCCCUGGUGCUUUUCAUGGCAUUUUGCAAAAUCAGGUUUUUCUGAAAUGGAGAAGACACCAUCUUCUUCUUCAGAUUUAGGUAGUGGUCAAAAAUCUGCUACUUCAGGUAAAAAUGAUGAUGAUGUCAGCUCUGGAAUUGCAUUGGAUAACCUGUAUGAUGGAUAUUCCCAUGUUCAAUGGUUAUGUGAUAUUGAAAAACUUGAAGAUGAAGUUUUGACAGAAUCUAUCUUAAACAAUGUUUUGGAUAGCAGCAUAGUAUCAACUCAACUGGAGGACCAAAAUGGUGCUUUCACUGAAAAUAGGAUACUAUAUUCUAAUAGUUUGUAUCCAGAUAGAAUUAUAGUAGGACAGUCAUCCUCAGGUUAUGGUUGUAAUUAUGAAAACCCUAUGAAGAAUGGAAAACUUGAAGCAAAGAUUGAUGAGUUUAAUAGGAUUGUAUUUAAGACUGGUAAGGGAAGUGCUACUUUACAUGAACCAGCCCUAGACUUGUUUUUGACUGAAAAUCAAAAGGAGUCUAUACGUUCAAAGUCUGAUGUCCCCAAUACAGAUAAAACCAAUACAAACCCAACUAGGGUAAAAGAAGUUAGCGCGCAAGUUUGUGGAAACAACACACUUCAUACUUGCAACAAUGUCAAAUCUACAUCUCUGCAUGAUCACACAGCCGGAUCUCACAAAGCAAGCAGUUACCAGUAUAUGUUUCAAGAGCACAAGUGGAGACCAAUUAAUUUAUCUGGCCGCCCGCGGUCAGCAGAUUCUAGGUCUAACUAUGGAGUUGUUGAAAAGCUGUUGAAAAGUUAUGAAAGCAAAACGGCAUCAAGUUUCAGUAAUCCUAAGCAUUUUUUAGAUAAAAGAACACAUUCUGACAUCCUGCUGACCGAAAAUAGCACGGACGCAUUCACUCAUUUUAUAGAAGUGCUGAAGCUUGAUCAAACUUCAAAGCAUGACAUGUCUGUUCAUUGGAAACUCGGGCAAGAAGCAUUUGGCCUCAAGCUUCCAGAGAUGCCUUUGCUGGGGACUAAUCAAAGUGCAAAGGGAUUUUCUCGCCCAGCCCGUCCAGCAAAUCGACGUCCGCCAUCUAGAUGGGCAUCAACAAGAUCACCCUCCAUGCCUGCAUCUCUUCGGCGCACAACAAACUAGUUAUUUCUGCGUUUUCAUUGCUGAAAAUUCUCUUCAUAUAAAAUGACAUAGCUCCUUAUAACAUUUAAUUAUGUAGAAUGUAGGAUGCUGGUCAUAUACUAAUACAAAAUAGGCAGAUUUAUAUAAUGGACAGGCUAGUAUGUCACUUACUGAACAUAAAAAGAAUGAACCAAGAUGAUUAGAUGUAUAAAAUACACACAUCUGUAAUUAGUAAUGUAAUUGGUAGAUGAGCUUCUGCUCUGAUCUAACAAAAUACUGUACUUUAUAGAAUGUUGCAGGCUCUGGUAAAAAAAAUAAAAAAUAAUAAUAAAUGUUUCAGUUAAAUGACUUGUCUUGCUGGAAAUGUUUAACAUUUAGUAAGAAAAUAAAGACCAAUUUACUACAAAGGCAGCUGAGUUCUUUGGUUUAAGAGAGAGAUGUUCCGGGGCGGAACUACCAUUGGUGCAGCAGGUACAAUGGCACCAGGGCCCAUAGCAGCCAGUCUAUAUACAUAGGUGUGUGCAGAAUGUCGUAAUGCAGGGGAGUCUUUUAUUAGUGCUCAAAAUCAUUAUACAUAGCAGCAUUUAUAUUAUUACUAAUGCUUACUACUAAGUUACCAAAGUUACAUUUGGGGGGGAGGGGGGGCAAAAUAUUUUUUUGCACCAGAGUCUUCUUUUGAAUAGGUCUGAGAAACUCUACCCUAUAGUUUAUGCAUUCUUUAACAUGGUACGUGUGAAAACCCCUUGUUGUAGCUGCAUUACUUAACUCUAGAAUUUUAUAAUCACCAAAUUAUCAAAUAAGUCUUCAGUGUUUUUUGAUCAGCAGAAACAUAUUUCUGUACUUUUUUAUAUUGUGUCAUUUACUGUACAUUUUCUUUUAGUAUGUUGUCUUCACUUUAUUAUUACCCAAUGAGUAGUGUUUUGUACAGUUCUUUAUUGUAGGUCAUCUCUGCCAACUGUGCAGUUGUAAAUGUUGUAUGCAUGUAUUAUAAUCAUAUUGCAUGUUUCAAGAUAGGAUGUGAAUUUUGUUUAGGCAUUGCUGGAGCAAUGUUUAUGCAUAAAUGACGAAACUUUAUUAUUUAACCUUACCAUCAAUAUUUGUAAAGAAAAAAAAAAGAAGAUAAAUCUAUACUUGUUGCAUUUUCUAUAUAUCUUAUAAAUGCUUUUUAAUGUUCAAAUCUGAGGUAAAAAUUUCUGUCAAAUCACAAUAUUUCGGCUGUAUUUAACAAAGGCAUGUAUCUUAGUUAACAUAGUUGCUAAAUUGUCUUGCGUUCCUUUCAUACAGCUUAGAUGCUCCUGGUGUAAAUGAAGGAGAUGCUGUAUAGGCUAAAAGGUCUUGAGGAACAUAUAGACGAUGCCUAUAUUAACGUGUAAUGACUGCACAAUGGUUUUGCUAACAAAAGUCAUUGUACUCUUUCAGACUUGCUUAUUUUGCCGAAAUGAGUUUGAAAUAUGGCUUGUUAUGUACGGAGCCAUUCCAGAAGUCUUUAAUAUCUAGUUAUUUAGGACCAUUACAUGGAUUUUACUAAGCAGUGUUGUUGCAGUAGCCCUUGUACAUUUGUGUGGUUCUAUAUUUUGAAGUGAAACUGAAGCUUUCAGAAUGUGAUGAAAGCAGGAUGUUUGGUUUCAAAUAUACAUCUGUGUGUUUGUGAAAGGGAAAUGGGAGCAAGUACUAUCACUAAUGGUAUUACCAUCGUUAUCCUGUUAGCAUGCCUUCUCUUUCAGCCAACAAGUAGUCUCUGUUGACUGAUAUAUUAAGAUUACCAUUUUAAACUUAGCCUGCAUUUUGGCAUCAGCUAGCGUACACAAAUAUUGCAUCAGUAGCUCCAAGAGAUAUGAUCGCUUUGGUGCCAAAAAUCUUAUACUAUGCACCUCCAAAUGUGGUUUUAUCAUAUUAUGUUACAGGUUGUAAAUGAUACUGUUGCUUUUAUUAAGUCAUCAGUAUUAAUCAACAAUGUUUUCCCACUUUGUAAAUGGCAUUAAACACUAAGGUGGUGUUUGAAAGGAGACGGCAUAGAUCUUUUUGCAGUCUCCGGCACCAGAGAGUUAAAUUAUAUAAUUUGUGCUCCUUUUCCAUGAAUUUAUAACAAAUCUUUAUUUAUUUAUAAUUUUGGCCUUAUUUUAUUUAAAUGCAGAAAAGCUAGCAGGGACCCAUAAAAAGUCCACUUUUUAAAAGGACAUAUUUAAACAAAAUCUUUAGAGAUAACAAAAUUGAUGUUGAAUUUUUAUUAAUAGUCCAUCUUUAAGUACACUUAUGGCAUGUGACAGAUUUUAUAGAUGUGCUUAAUAUAUAGUUAUAGUACUGAUUGCCAUUAACAACCCUUAAUUUGUGUAUACAUGUCAAUGUAAGUUUAGAUUAGUGAGACAUGUAUAUAAAGUGACUUAUCUCUUUCGAAAGAAGCCAUGUUUUUUGCUCUUUUACUAGACUUUUUUUUUAAAGGGAUACAAGUAAAAGAAAGAGAGACUGUAUACAGUCCUUGGAGAUAAGCUGGCCUGGUGCUUUUCCUAAUUUUCAAGGCCAUAAAUAUUAGUGGAUAAGCAACUUCUACACCAAUGUCAAGCAUGUCUUUCUUUUGUAUACUAUCUAAAAUCUUUUCUAGAGGUGGUUUGAUAAUGAUUAGAUAAUAUCUAUAGGACAUCAUCUGGUCUUCUGUCUCAUUCAGAGCAUUAGGAGGUUGUUCUAAACUCAAUUAUCUGAUCUCCAUGAAUCACUUUGGCUCCAAGAUGUAUUUUUAAAGUUCUAGGUACACCAUAUGUAAUUCAUGUUAUACAUUAUGUUGAUGGAAAACUAGGGGUGUUUAAAUUGUUAAAUCCCCAAGCUUUGGUGCCUUUAAUUCUCUGUGAUAUGAAUUCAGUUUUUUAUAUGGAUGUAUGAAUAAAGCAUUAACUUAAAAAAAUAAAAGCAAACCUGUCUGUUUACUAAGUGUGUUACAUGUGGGAAUGUUUUAGCUUAAAGCACAUUGUAGAUCUCAUCAGAUAUUUUUUGAUUUAAUUUAAUUAGUGGUAAUAAAGUUAAUUAUAAAUCAAACAGA